AUGUCUGACAUUGUCAAGAAGUAUAAUGCUGGUACCAACCAUGCAUCGAGUGGAAUCAAUGCCAAGAGGAUUGAGGAGGAUGAGGAGGGAAUUAGAGUACCAGAGUUAAAGGCAUCAGUACCACAGGCUAUACAGAGAGCCCGUGUCAAUCUCAAGAUGACACAGAAGGAUCUUGCUGCCAAGAUCUACGAGAGACAAUCAGUCGUCAACGACUAUGAGAAUGGCACUGCAAUCCCAUCAGUUGCCAUCUUGGCCAAGAUGGAGAAGGUCUUGGGUGUCAAGCUCAGAGGAAAGGACAUUGGUCAUCCCAUCGCUGCCCCAGCUCACAAGUAG